UACAUGCGCUAUAUAACGGUUCAUUUCUUUCUGUCAUCAUCUGUUUUCCAAUUUUAACCGUUAUAUUAUCCAUUCAUCAUUUUCAUACUGUUAUCAAGGCUUAUCAUCGGAUUUGACACUAUUAUCAUUCUGACUUUCUGGAUUUUGAGCAUACCAUUCCGAAAUCCGUCCUGGGACAGCCAAAAAUACUAGCGUGGUGUCGUCAUUCGUUCUUCAACUAAAGUGGGAUUUAUUUAGGUGGAUGUUCCAAGCGAUUCGUACUUUAUUAGAGGUAGAGAAACGACUUUCCCUUCAUCCGAGGACUCGUCUUUGCCCACUCUUUGCCUCAACAACUCAACAGAAACGCUAUUUUACCUCGUAUAAGCGUCCGUUUUUGCAUUCGGCAAGCCAACCAGCUCCAGCGCAUACUUGUUGCUUUCCUAUAAAUUCGGCUUCCAGUAAAUUUGUGACUAUCGCCAGCGUCAAUAUGAGUUCUGCUGUCGAAGCCAAGAAGACCUCGAAAUUGGAAUUUCAAAGGCUCCCUUUGAAUGCAGUUCCAGUUCACUACGAUAUCACCAUCAAACCAAAUUUUGAUAAUUUUACAUUCGAAGGGGUCGAAAACAUUGAUCUCAAGAUCAAUGAGACUUCACCUAAUAUUGUGAUGAAUGCUGUUGAAUUAAAUAUCUUGAAGGCCGUUUGGAAGGACAGUGGUACUGGCAAAGAGCAAGUCGCUCAAACGAUUUCUGUCGAUGAAACGACAGAGAUUUUUACUGCUGCCUUUCAACCACCAUUGCAGAGUGGAACUGGAACAAUUUUAUUGGAGUUUACUGGAAGUAUGAAUGACAAAAUGAAAGGUUUCUAUCGAUCCAAAUUCAAGGGGUCUGAUGGACAAGACAAGUAUAAUGGAGUUACUCAAUUCGAAGCUACUGAUGCUAGACGCGCCUUCCCUUGUUUUGAUGAGCCAAGCCAUAAGGCAACUUUUAAUAUAAGUCUGGUUGUGGAGAAGAAUAAGACUGCUCUCUCUAACAUGCCAGUGAAAGAAAUUCAAGCUUACCCUGAAGAUGACAAACUGCAUGUUGUGAAAUAUGAACGUUCUCCAAUCAUGAGCACGUAUCUCGUAGCCUAUUGCAUUGGAGACUUUGAAUAUGUUGAAACCACAUCCAGUGACGGCGUCCUUUGUCGUGUAUAUACGCCGCCCGGCAAGAAAAAUCAAGGAAAGUUUGCCCUUAGUGUUACUGCAAAGGUCCUCCCCUACUAUAAGGAAUAUUUUGGAAUUGCGUACCCAUUACCUAAACUUGACUUGAUUGCCAUUGCGGAUUUUUCUGCGGGAGCCAUGGAAAAUUGGGGGCUCAUAACCUAUCGGGAGACCUGCUUACUUGUUGAUGAAGAAGAGACUUCUGCAACCAGUAGACAAUGGAUUGCUUUGGUUGUUGGGCAUGAAAUUGCUCACCAAUGGUUUGGUAAUUACGUGACAAUGGAAUGGUGGACCCAUCUUUGGUUGAACGAAGGAUACGCAAGUUUUGUCGAGUUUUUAUGCGUUGAUUUUCUGUUUCCGGAAUAUGACAUUUGGACUCAAUUCGUUACGGAUACAUUUGUCCGAGCCUUAGAACUGGAUUCGCUAAAAAACAGCCACCCAAUCGAAGUCCCAGUUGGUCAUCCUCGAGAGGUUGACGAGAUAUUUGACGAUAUCUCAUAUUCUAAGGGAGCCUCUAUAAUUCGGAUGUUGCACCGUUAUAUUGGAGAUGCUGAUUUUCGCAAAGGAAUGAACAUUUACUUGACCCGGCAUCAGUACAAAAACACGUUCACCGAAGAUCUUUGGAGGUCUCUGGAAGAAGCGAGUGGGAAACCAAUCGGCCAAGUAAUGGGCACAUGGACCAAACAAAUGGGAUUUCCUUUGAUCCGAGUGCAGUCUGAACAAAACGGCGAUACCAGGGUCAUGCGACUCACUCAGGAAAAAUAUUGGGCUGACCCUAAUCUGAAGAAUUCAAAAGAACACAAUGACUAUAGCUGGAUGGUUCCAGUUGCAUUUUGUUCUGCAUCUGAUCCCAACACUCCUAUCUGCCAAACAUUGAUGGAAGAGAAAAUGGUAACCGUAGAACUUCCUGGUAUUCGAAGCGACGAAUGGGUGAAGCUCAAUCCCGGUGCAGUUGGAUUUUAUCGUGUGCGUUAUCCACCAGAGUUGCUUGUUGAAUUUUUACCAGCGAUCAAAAAUAAGAUCUUACCACCGUUGGAUCGUAUUGGGCUUUUAGAUGAUUUAUUUGCCAUGGUUCAGUCUGGCGAGAGUUCAACUGUUGAUGUUCUACGGACUCUGGAUGCCUUCAAGAAUGAAGACAAUUUCACUGUUUGGUCGAGCAUAUCUAAUGUGAUGUCCAAGCUGAAUCUGCUCUUUGCCUACACUGACUAUCACGACCAAUUCAAGAAGUUUGGUAUACACUUGUUCAGCGGUAUUGCCGACAGCGUUGGUUGGGAGCCCAAAGAGGGAGAAAGCCAUUUGGAUACGAUGUUGAGAUCAUUGGUCUUGUUGCGGUUGACAUCGUUUGGACAUGAAAAAACUAUCCAAGAGUCAAAACGUCGCUUGAAUUUGCAUCGUAACGGGGAUCAAACUAUCCCUGCUGACUUGCGACCUGUUGUUUAUCGUGGUGUAAUUUCUGAAGGCGAUGAGGAAACUUUGGAAAUGAUGCUAAAGAUGUACCGUGAGUCGGAUAUGUUGGAGGAACAAGAUAGGAUUGGUCGAUCAUUAGGACUUGCAAAAAAUCUCAAUGUUUUGAAGAAAGUCCUUGAAUUUGCCAUCAGUGAAGAUGUUCGAAGUCAAGAUACUGUUUUCAUCAUGAUUAGCGUAGGAAUGAACAAAGUUGGCAGACCUCUGGCCUGGAACUUUUUCAAGGAGAACAAAAAAUUCCUUGGUGAAAGGUAUCCGAGUGGUGGUUUGAUUGCUCGGCUGGUGAAACACUUGUGUGAAAAUUUCGUAACCGAAGAGGAUGCAAGAUCUGUAACAGAGUUUUUCGCCGAAAACCCCUUUGCAGGGACCGAGCGAACAGUUCAACAAGUGGUGGAGAGUAUUCGCCUCAACGAACAAUGGCUGAAACGGGAUGAGAGGUUGGUCGGGGAAUUUCUAACAAAUGCAAUUUAGUGGCGAUUUUACCAUCUGACUACUUAUUUUGAUCGAAUUGCUUACUAGUAGAGUAUUUAUUAUCAUAAAAAUUGUAUGGUUAAUGUAAUCAAAUUAUUACCUUUACUUGUUGAAGAAUGAAAUGCAAAACAAGGAUAAAAAUCAUAUUAAAAAUUGUA